CGAGGUGCGGGGCACGGGCGGGCUGCGGCCACGGCAGCGCAGGCACAGGGCGCGGCACCGGACCCGCCCCAGCGCUGCCCCUGUCCUCUUGCAGGAGGGUCCAGCCCCGGGGAGCUGAUCCUCAGCCAGGCGGAUGAAUGGCGACGGCGGACGACCUCAAAUUCCAAGAAUUUGACGAUGCAGCUAAUUUGCUUGCAGCAAAUCCUGAUGCCACCACCAUAAGCAUCGAUGAGCCAGCUGAAAUCCCCAAGAAUCAGCACAGCCGCCUGCAGGAGCCGGGCAGGGAAGAGGAUGAUGAGUUACUGGGCACUGAUGACUCCGAUAAAACAGAGCUGCUUGCAGGACAGAAGAAAAGUGCCCCUUUCUGGACUUUUGAUUACUACCAGACCUUCUUUGAUGUGGACACAUACCAGGUCCUGGACAGAAUCAAAGGGUCGGUGUUCCCAGUCCCUGGGAAGAACUUUGUAAGGCUGUAUAUCCGCAGCAAUCCUGACCUUUAUGGUCCAUUUUGGAUAUGUGCUACACUCGUGUUCACCAUUGCUGUUAGUGGCAAUCUUUCAAAUUUCUUCAUCCAUCUGGGCAAACCAACGUACCAUUAUGUGCCUGAGUUCAGAAAAGUGUCCAUAGCAGCUACAACGAUUUAUGCAUAUGCUUGGCUUGUUCCCCUUGCUCUCUGGGGAUUCCUGAUGUGGAGGAACAGUAAAGUCAUGAACAUUGUCUCCUACUCAUUCCUGGAGAUAGUGUGUGUAUAUGGCUACUCCCUCUUCAUCUACAUUCCCACAGCGAUGCUGUGGAUCAUCCCCCAGAGGGUGGUGCGCUGGGUGAUGAUGGUGUUCUCGCUGUGCCUCUCGGGCUCUGUGCUGGUCAUGACCUUCUGGCCCGCCGUCCGUGACGACAACCGCAGGGUCGCCGUGGCCACCGUGGCCACCAUCCUGCUGCUGCACGCCCUGCUGGCUGUUGGCUGUCUGGCAUACUUUUUUGAUGCCCCUGAGCUGGAUCUUCCUGCACCUAUUAUUCCUGCUCACAACAGUACUGGAACAACAGUAAUAACAAAGAGUCACUAGAUAAGAUAACAGCACCAGUUUCUCCACCUCUACAGUAGUUUUAUUUUAGAUUAUUUUUUCACUGAGGACCUUGGAAACUUCAAGGACAAGGGAUGUGUUUUGCAGCAGGAUGGACAGUGAUGUCCCACAGAUGGACAGAUGGACAUCUCCGUGCUUACUGGACCCUGGCUGCUUCCAGGAGGAGAGUGAACCAUUGAUCCCAGUCUAGAACAGAAAGGGGUUGUUUUUAUUUGGUUGGGAUUUUUUUUUAAUGUUUUGUUUUGCUUUUUGGGAGGAUUUAUUUUGUUUUUUCUUUAAUUCAGUCUAUGCUUGCCGCACUAUUUUGCAUCUGAAUAAAGCGUUCUGAAGGCGAUACGAGAUCUGUAUUUUGUGCACAAAGCAUCUUAAUGCUCAAAACUAUGGGGAGGGUUUGGCCCAAGGCAUGGUGUUGUGACAGGACUGAACACACUAAAGGUGGGCCCGUGCCGCCAGCGAGCCUUUCAAAGUGUAAAUAAAUGGACGUAACGC